AUGUCCUCCAUCUACAACCUCGAGCCCCAGCCGACUGCGUCCGUCAUCCUGCACACGACCCAAGGAGACCUCUCGGUUGAGCUCUUCGCGAAGCAGACCCCGCUCACGUCGCGAAACUUUCUGCAGCUCGCGCUCGACGGCUACUACGACAAUACCAUAUUCCAUCGACUGGUUCCGGGCUUCAUCCUGCAGGGUGGCGAUCCCACAGGCACCGGCAAUGGCGGCGAAUCCAUCUACGACGGCGGCGCCCUCGAUGGCGACUUGGACCCGUGGCCCGCGGACCAGAGGCGCGGCAAGAAUGCCGGACCCAUGGGCGUCAACUUCAGGGACGAGUUCCACUCGCGCCUGAAGUUCAACAGGAGAGGCCUACUGGGUAUGGCCAACGAGGGCAAGCUGGACACCAACGGCAGCCAAUUCUUCUUCACCCUGGACAAGACCGAGGAGCUCAACAACAAGAACACGGUUUUUGGGAGGAUAAUGGGCGAUACGAUAUACAACCUGGCGCGCAUGGGUGAGGCAGAGGUUGCCGAAGGGAGCGAUCGCCCCCUAUACCCCAUCAAGAUCACAAGCAUUGAGAUUUUGGUCAACCCUUUCGACGACAUGAAGAAGAGGGAGCGGGUAGCACGGCAGAGUCAACCAGCCCCGGCUGUCACACAGAAGAAGAAGAAGCCUAAGGCUGGGAAGAAGCUACUGAGUUUCGGCGAUGACGAAGCAGAUGGCGAACCGGCGCCCGUACUCAAGAAGGCCAAGUUCGAUACGCGCAUAGUCAUGGACAUUGACGAGGAUGACGAGCGUCCGAGCAAGGCCCCGAAGAAGAGUCACAAGGAGGAGAGGGCCGCCAAAAAGUCCAUACCAGUCCGGCAAGCCCCGACCGAACCAGAACCAAAGCCCCGGUCACCGUCGCCUCAACCAGCGAAGGAGAUAGUUAAGCCCAAAUACGAGGAUCUAUCGUCUCCGGAGCCAGAACCAAAGCAGAAAUCAGCUCUGGAGCGCGCAAACGAAGAAAUCGCGGCACUGAAGGCAUCAAUGAGAAGGAACAUCAACACUGAGCCAGUCAAAGAAGUAAAGAAGACGGGCAUCGAACAAUUUAUACCCGAAAACUCAACACGGGGCCGGAAACGAAGAAGAGGUGGUGAAACGACCAUGUCAGCGUCCGAGUACGCGGAUUUCCAAGACUUCCGGUCUAGACUGCAGCAGGUAACCCCUGCAGUUGAGAAAGAAGUACCCAAGCCCAGCGUCAGCGAAGAAGAUGGGCAGGCGAAAGCCGCGUCCGGAGACCAAGAUGAGGAGGCCGAGCUUUGCGACUUACACUUCAUCGCCAACUGCCAAAGCUGCCAAUCCUGGGACAAGGCCGAGGAGAAGGAGGAUAGCGACGAUGAGGGUUGGAUGAGCCAUGCCCUCAGUUUUGCGGCAGACAAGCUGGGCAAGGACCUGAACUACCGCAAGAAGGCCGAGGACGAGCUGGUAGUCAUCGACCCCCGAGAGAAGGCACGGACGCUGAAGGAGGAGAAGAGGGCAAAGCAGGAGGCCAGGUCUGGCGGCAGCGGCAGGGAGUGGGAUCAGGCGAGGAACGCGAAACUGGCGAGGCAGAGUGCACUGGCUGGACGCGGUGCUAGAUAA